AACCACAAAGUGUAGUACUUUUCCUGAAUAAACAGAAAAAUGGCGGGAAACAUUGGCGCCAUUCGUUGGAAUUCAGUUCCCCAAAUCCAAACCCUAUUUAAACCACUAAACCCUCUUCCCAGCAAUCGAAGCUUCACUAAAAAACACCAGACCAUAAAAAUGGCGGAAAACAACCAAACCCCAGAAAUCAAUGAACCUUCAACCAAAAUCCAAAAGCUUCAACCCCAUGAAAAUGGCGACUUCUUCUUCAAGGUCAAGAAGCUCUCAGAGAAGGCUGUAAUCCCUUCAAGAGGUUCCCCUCUCUCUGCUGGUUACGAUCUCUCCAGUGCGGUUGAUGUGAAGGUGCCUGGUAGAGGUAAAGCUCUGGUUCCUACUGAUUUGAGUAUUGCUGUUCCUCAAGGAACCUACGCCAGAGUUGCACCAAGAUCAGGACUAGCAUGGAAACACUCCAUUGAUGUGGGAGCAGGAGUGAUAGAUGCAGAUUACAGAGGACCAGUUGGUGUGAUUUUGUUUAAUCACUCUGAUGUUGAUUUCGAGGUCAAAGUAGGUGAUCGUAUUGCACAGUUGAUCAUUGAGAAGAUCAUAACUCCAGAUGUUUUUGAGGUUGAAGAUUUGGACUCUACUGUCAGAGGUGCUGGUGGGUUUGGUUCUACUGGUGUUUGAACAAAUGAACAAACUUUGGGAGUUUGCUUAGGUUAAUUGUAGUACUAAUUAACUAUCUUAAUGGCAAGAUGGAAAUUACUGUACUAGUAAAUGCUAUUGUCCAUUUUGCAUAUAGUAGAACUUCUUAUGUAUUUUGACAUUGAUAUGCUAGUAAUGAAAUUUAUGGCUGUUUAGUUCA